AUGAUUAAACAACAGCAACCACAUCAACUUAAGGCACAAACCAUUACAUACGCCAUAUAUGCAUAUAAUUCAAAGACGGCAGAACAAACGCAAAGGUUGAAAUAUGGAGAUUUGGAGAUAGUAUUGAAAAAUAGGUGUUUCGAAUUCGUUUGCAAAGGUGGUGCAGUGAUAUCAAAUAUAAAAGAAAUUUUAUUUAUGAAUUCUAAAAUUAAAGGUAUAACAGAUGAUAUAACAUCAAUUCCACCAGAAGAACAAAGAUAUUACGCAUUAAAUGCAUUUCCCAAAGUUUUGAAGAUUGGAAGAUUUAAUUUAAAUGAGGAAUUCAUAAAAGGUUUUCUAAAUGACAUAAUGAAGAAAGCGGAUAAGGAAUAUGUGGCUAGUGAGUUAAUGAAGAAAGCGGAUAAGGAAUAUGUGGAUGAAAAAGAUAAUGAAAUUAAAGAAAGGGUUGAAUGGUAUCAUGAAUGGACAUCGAAGAUUUUUAAAACUAAAGCUGAUACGGGAUGGGUUUCAGGAUGUUUAGACCUUAAAGCGGAUAAAACUUAUGUUAACGAUGAGUUAGAGAAGAAAGUGGAUAAGGAAUAUGUGGCUAGUGAGUUAAUGAAGAAGGCAAAUUUGGUUUAUGUUGAUGAAAAAGAUAAUGAAAUUAAAGAAAGGGUUGAAUGGUAUCAUGAAUGGACAUCGAAGAUUUUUAAAACUAAAGCUGAUACAGGAUGGGUUUCAGGAUGUUUAGACCUUAAAGCAGAUAAAACGUAUGUUAAUGAUGAGUUAGAGAAGAAAGCGGAUAAGGAAUAUGUUAACGAAAUAUACCAAAGUUUGAUAGGAACAACGAAAAAUAUUGAAACUAUUGUUGGUGACUUUUCUGUCAAUGAAGAAAAUAAAUAUUUUAGAUGGCAGUUUGUACAGUCCUUAAAAAAUGGUACACGGUGUAAACUCAUUCCGAAAAAUAACAAUGAAAUGUAUGUAAGUUAUAAAAAGAAUGAUGGCACACAAGUUAAAGUUCCA